CUUAUGACCAAAUAGAGUGUUUUUUUUUUGUUAUUGUUGAAAUCAAAAACGGAGUUACGAAACGCUUCAAAAUGCCUCGAGGCGGCAGCUUCCAUGUGAAUUGGCCAUUGGUCGCCGGCCAAGACAGACAUAAUCACAGCCAUGCAGUUGUCAGCGGACGUCAUGGCGACCUCAUCUGGUGCGAAUCUCGACGCGGCAGCAGCUCGCUGCGAUCUCAAUGGAAAUGCAACAACAACAACAACAACAAUAAAGACGUCGUCGACGUCGCCGCGUAAAGAAAAGACAAUACUCGGUUGGCUGGUGAAAAGUGCAAGUGCGAACGAUAAAUCGAACGUUAACGAUAACGAUAACGAUAGACAUAACGAUAACAACAAUCGAGGCAACAACAACAACAGUUGCCACUGUGAAACGCGCGCUUUUCGCGAUUUCCGCGGCGUCCAAACGCUGCGUCUGCUCUGGAGCAAGCGCAUCAGCAGCGCCAGCGAGGAGGCAGCCGCCGCCCAUCAACAGCAACGGGGUCAGGUGCAGGGGCUGGGCACGUUGCGGAAGCUGAACAAGUCGGUUAGCUGUUUGGUGAAUGCGUUUAAUAACGCGCGCGAUUGGCCCAGCCUGACAAACGCGCAUGAAACGCGCGCAAAACGCGCCGCUAGCUUGCACAAUCUGCAAGAGCCGCCGCCGUUGACGUCACCGCAACUCCAACGUGACAAAGAUAAUUUCUACAAGUACAAAAACGCCGAACAGGCCAAAAUGCAAAAUAAGCUGCGACGCGGCAGCGACGCGACUGCAAACGCGAGCGCGACUUUUCCCGCAGUAAAGGCGGGCGGCGCGCCGGGCGAGCGUUUGCAGUGGCCAAAACGUGAGGACAUCGUGAGCAAGUGCAAAACGGAGCGCGAGCGCAGUCUAUCAGAUAAUGAGCAUGACUGCGAGCGGGAGAGGGAGCGGGAGCGGGAGCAGGUGAAUCUUAUCAGCGCUGGACGUGAGCAGGCAGCAGCAGCAGCAGCGGGAACGUCGGCGAUUCGCAUUAGUUUGAGCGCGACGAGCUUCGAUGGCGGCAGCUGCGAGUCGCUGCAGACGGUGAAUUCCAUAAAUUCCAAUACCACGACGAGCACGGCCGCGACUGUGACGUCACGCGCUGCGGGCACGCGUCGCAAAUACAGCUUCAAAACACAUGCGGGCAAAUCAUUCCAUCAGCAUCACACGCCGCGCCGCAUGUCCAGCCACAGCCACAGUCACAGUCACAGCCAGGCCGCAGAGUCAGGCCACGCCUCCGCCUCUGGCUCGGCGUCGGGCGUGGUGCGCCAGCUGACGCAGCAGUUCAAUGAGAUCAUACAGAAGGAUGCCCGCCUGCUGGAGCAGGUGAAGCGCAAGAAUGGCGUCUGGCUGGCGCGUGGCGCCCAUGUCUACAAGAUCGUGGAGAAGCCAGCCGUGCAGCAGGUCCAAUCGGAGCAGGUGCAAUCGGAGCACUCGGAGCAAUCGGUGCGCAGUUCCAUGGUGCAGCGCAACAUCAAGAAGUUCGAGAAGCUGGAGAAGCCAGCGGUGCCGCUCAAGCCGCAGCAGCUGCUGCGCAAGCAUCAGGAGCAAAUGAACCAAAGGCCCAGCACGCUCAGCCUCAGCAAGCAGAUGCGCAGCAAGCGCGCCCGCAGCCAGCAGCAGCAGCGCGAGCAGCGGGAGCAAAAGGAACAGGAGCUGGCGGUGGUGCGCGAGGAGCUGCCCAAGACUCCGGUGGAGCUGCAUGCCAGCACGGACGAAGGUGUGCAAUCGGAUGUGGACGUGGAUGAUGCUACAAAACCAAAGCACGCUGACUCAGCGCUGACUCAGACGCUGCCCGCCGACGAUGAGCUGGAUGAUGCGGACAGCGCGGCGGCGGCAGAGGAGCGGCAGAAGCAGCGCAAGCACAAAUAUGCGACGAUCUACGAGAAGCUGCGCUUCCUGCCCUUCGCCAAAGGCGGCAAGAAAUCCGCAACGCCUUCACCCAUCAAAACAACAGCAGCAGCAACAUCUGAGCAGAAGGAUCCGGAGCAGGAACCGGAGCCGCUGCCGUCGCCCUGCGUGGAGGCGGAUGCCAAGAUCCUGGCCGCACUCGAGGUGCUCGACCAGAAGCUGAAAAUACUCGCGGAGCCGCCGGCCAAAACGGCGGACGGGGAACUGCUGCUGGCGGCCAACGAUGACUUCGAGCAGCGCCUGCUGCCCAACAGCUCGUUCAUCUACCAGGCGUCCAACAAGCAGAUCUCCAACAACCAGCUGCUGCUCAACCAGGCGGUGAACGUGACCCUGGUGAAUGCCAUUGAGGGCGAGCAGAUGAUCAUGGAGCAGAAACAACUGGCCGCCGAGGAAGGGCAGCAGCAGCAGCUGGAGCAGCAGUCGAGGCGGCAGCUGCAGGCCGAGCCGGAGGAGGAGGAGCCCAUGUAUGAGCCCAUCACGCCCACAAUGGAGACCAAGACUGAGCCGCAGGCUUCGAGCCUGUUUAAGUUAACAAGCCAAAUGCUUAAGGAGCCGGACGCACUCCAGCUCCCAGUGGAGGACAUCUAUCAAACUGUGGAGGAGGCAACAGCUGCGCCAGCAACGACAACUCCGGCCACGCCCACAGCCAAUGGCAACUGGCUGGAGGGCUACGAGUCCAUAGCGGGCUCCACGCGGAACAGCAACAGCGAUGACUACGAAGCCUUUGCCACGCCCACAACAACACCAACAACAACAACAACAUUGAGCACUGGCACACUGGGCCGCAAUACGCGCGAUGAGCUGCCGGAGCUGCCCAAGCCGAAGCGCGUGCUGCCCAAGUCGCCCCUAAUCAUGCGACCCGCGCCCGCCAAGCCCGCACAGCCCAGCCGCUUGGCUGGCAAGCCGUGCGCCGGGCCCGCCUCCACGGACGAGGAUGACGAGAACAUCUAUGACACCAUCAAGGGCUGCACGGACGCCAUAUCUUUGAGCUCCAAUUGCUACGAGAGCAUCUCCAACUAUCGCAAGAGCAAGAACUCAGCUGCAAUUGGAGCGGUUGAGGGCGUGGCAGCGGGCGGGGGCGUGGUUGCGGGCGCAACUGCGUCCGGCGUGCAGCUGUCCAGCAGCGGCUCCACGCUGACGCUCGCCUCGGAUCAUCGCACGAACAGUCUCUAUGAAUCCUCGCUAGCUGCAGGCGUGCUCUACGGCAGCGCCAGCGUCGGCUGCCGCAGCUCCUUGGCCAGCAGCGGCGCAGGCAGCGCCGGCAGCAGCGGCAGCGGCGGCGUUGGCGGAGGGGCGGGCAAACAGUGCGACAAACGCUCCUCGAUAGCCGGCUCCAGCGACAACAGCGAUGCCUGGGUGGACAUAUCCGACGGGGAGGCGACGCCAGCAACGGCGGCUGUCACCAGCGAGGCGCAGUUCGUUGUGUUGACCUACAAUUCCAUCUGUUAUCAGUCGAUAAGAUUGGCCGCCUGCUUGGGCAACCCACUCGAUAUUGAGGGUCUCUAA